AUGUCAACUAUACCGAUACAGAAUCUUCAACGUAUUCAGAAUGAACUUACCCGAGGUAUAUCAUUAACACUGCUUAUCGCUGGAACUAUCGGUAACGUUCUCAAUUGUAUUCUUUUCACACGUCGCUCACUUCGACAUAAUCCAUGCUCAAUUUAUUUUUUUGCAACCAGCGUUGCUAAUAUAAUAGCACUCUAUUUUAGUUGCCUGACGCGCUUAUUAAUGACUUUUGGUACUAAUACAACAUCAUCUCAGGGAUCUAUCUACUGCCGAUUUCGAACAUUCUUUACUUUUAUGCCUCUGACGGCAUCAACAUGGUUUAUCGUAGCAGCAUGUGCUGAUCGAUAUGCAUCAAGUUCAUCUAGUGUUCGAAUACGUUCAUUCAGCCAAGUAAAAUUUUCUCAACGGAUCAUUUAUGCUAUAAUUUUCAUCUCAAGUGCCAUUUGGGGUCAAAUGUUUGUUUGUUUUAAUGGAAGUCCCGAAAGUUUUAACUGUUAUCCAUCCACAAAAUUUUGCAAUAUAUUUAAUGAUUCUAUUCUUCUUAUUUUCUAUAGUCUUCUUCCACCAUUAUUAAUGUUUAUACUAGGAUGGCUAACUAUUCAACAUAUCCGUCAUCGACCGAUCAAUCGUCUAUCAAAUUCAAAAGAGCGUCAACUUAAUAUUAUGCUUAUCACUCAAGUUAUUUGCGUUGCAAUCUUAUCAUUGCCAACGUCUAUUGAAAAAAUCUAUUCAGAAAUUACUAUGAAACAAGUGAAAAGUGCAGAACGUCUUCAAAUAGAAGCGUUCGUUUCUACGAUGGUUCAUAUGAUUGCUUUCAUAAACACUUCUACGUCGUUUUUCAUGUUCACACUUACGAGUCAACUAUUUCGCAAAGAACUAAAGCUUAUCAUUUUCUUCUGGCAUCGACGACGAAGAGUAAAUAUUGAAACUGCUCAAACAAGGCCACGAACGAUUGAAAAUAAUAUGAAUGUUUCCUGA